AUGGUAGGGAAGAGAGCUGUUCCACAAUCAAAUGAUGCCAAAAAAACAAAGAGUUUGAAUGCUUUGCAAGGUAUUGCGCCCUUCAAUAUGAGCCAACAACAGAGCAAGGCAACAAUAGUGGGGGACUCGACUGGACAAAAUAGUGGGGCGAAUCAGCAAUUGGGAUCACCGAAAGGAUCCCCUAACACAAAUUCGGAGAAAAAAUCAUGGGCAGAUCUGAUAGAUGCAGCACCUGGUGAGGUCCAAAACCUAGAAAUUAAAUCUGAAUCGUGGAGUAAAAUUGUGGGAGCUGUGCCAAUACGAGAGGGAUUUGACCUAGAGGGAGAUGAAGCUAGUACCACAAACGUAAAAAUAACACUGGAAGAUAUUAAAGAUGAAGUAGAUUACUGGAGCACAGCAGUUAUAUGCUAUGUGUUAGGCUCGAAUCCCCCUCAAUCUGUUAUGGAAGGGUACUUUAGAAGAAUUUGGAAACCAUUAGGGGUCAAUAAAAUAGCACAAGUGAAUCGAGGUGUGUUCUUGGUUAGGUUUCAUAAUGAGGAAGAUAAGACCACAACUGUUGAGGGUGGAGUUGUAAUGUUUGACAGAAAACCCAUUGUUGUGAAACCUUGGAGACCGGACAUUGAAAUAACUAAGGAGACGGUUGACAAAGUACCUAUAUGGAUCAGAUUAGUUGGGUUAGAUAUAAAGUACUGGGGAAAAUCAGCUCUCACUAAAAUAGCUGGUAUGAUAGGCAGACCACUCAAAGCUGAUAGAGCCACCACACAUAAAGAGAGACUGACCUUUGCAAGGGUCUUGGUUGAGAUGCCAAUCAACAAAGAGUACCCGACAGAAGUUCGGUUUGAAAAUGAGGUGGGAAGAAUUGUGGAACAGAGAGUAGAGUACGAAUGGAAACCAACUAUGUGUACACGAUGCAAGAACUUUGGACAUGGAGUUAAUGAAUGUAGAAGGCAACAAAGGGAUAAAGAAUGGCUGGAGAAACUGGAGAAGGGUAAAAAACAGGCAGAACAAGAGGAGUACGUGGUGGACGGGAAUCAAAUGGUACAAGAAGUGAAUAAGAAGAACGGGAAGGAGCAGAGAAGGACCCCAACAAAUGCAGGUACAAAGGUGCAAAAUCAAGAGAAUAUACAUGCAAAUUUAUUUGAGGUAUUACAAAAUAAGGAGGACGAUGAAGUGCAGCAACGUCCAGAAUUUGUCAUACAACAGCCAAGUGCAAGCCCUGGGAACAGUAAGGGUGGGGGUACCCCCCAUCCCAAAUGGAUAAAAUAG